AGCCUUGCGGCGGUGCCUGGAAGCCGCGCUCGGCUUCGGGAGAGGCGCGCGGGGCUUCCGCCUCAGGUGUGUCCUCGCCUACAACUCCCAGGCACCUCGGGUGUGGGUGGCCUUUCCUUCUUCUCCACUCCACCCCGCCGCGCUGCUGGCCAGCUGGGAGAGCGCCAGAGCUGCUCCUUCCCUCAGUAGAGGCGGCGGCAGCGGCAGCAGCAGCAGCAGGUGGCUUCACCCGCCCGGGAAAGAGCGCGCGACGCCGCCGCCACCGACUCUCUCUCUCUUCCCGCGCUGCGUCUGUCCGCGCUGAGGCGGGCAUGGCUGAGCCCGAGCUGAGCCAGGCUGCCGUGCUGGGCUUCCUGCGGGAGCGCGGCGGCAAGGUGCGCAAUUCGGAGCUGCUGAGCCGCUUCAAGCCGCUCCUGGAAGCGCCCGGCGGGGAGCCCGAAGCCCGAGCCGCCCUCCGCGAGCGGUUUAAGCACUUCGUCAACAACGUGGCCGUCGUGAAGGAGGAAGACGGAGCGAAGUUCGUGGUGCUGAGGAAGAAUUGGCGCCUGGAGGAGGCGGAAGUGAGCGCAGCGCCCGCUGGGGGGCGCUCUGGCGAGGAGGAGGAGGAAGAGGAAGGAGAGGAAGGCUCGGCCACUUUGGCGCCUGCUUGCCAUGCUGGCCCAGAGGGUCCAGAGCAGGAAAGCGGGCCUGAGGCUAGCCCAGCAAUGCCUGUGUCCCAGUUGAAGAGCCUGUUUCAAAAGGAGGGCAUGGAGGCACCCAAAGCCCCCGGGGACCAAGACAAGUUGGCUCCCAAAGCUGCCCCCCAGAAACCCUGCAUGCUGCCUGUGCGCUGUGUGCUGCCUGCCAGCGGGGCUAAGGAGCCCAAGGACCCAAGCCCUGAGCCGAAGCAGCCAGAAGUCAAAGACUGGCUCCAAGUAGGGCUCCCAGCCAUCACCCCCUCUACGUCGCCUUACAUGAAGAGGCGUCAGCUAGAAGAGAUGGGAUCCAACUCCCCUUACCUGAGGAGGGUGCCGAAGUCUCAGAAGGUGGGUGAAGAAGCGGACUGUCCCGCUACGACCAUCCCUUUGGAAGCCGCUGAGCACGAGUGGCUGGUGAAGGCUACAGCCGGCCAGUGGUCCCAGCAGCUUCAUGGCCUGCUGCUGAGCGACAAGAACCUGGCGAGCAAAAGGGACUUCAUGACCGGCUUCACCGUUCUGCACUGGGCAGCCAAGAGCGGGAACUGCGAGAUGUUGGGUAAAGUCAUCGAGGUGGCCGAGAAAGGUGGCGCUCAUGUCAACGUGAACUCCAAGUCCUACGGCGGUUAUACCCCGCUCCACAUCGCCGCCAUACAUGGGCAAGAGGAAGUCAUCGCCCAGUUGGUCAGGGAUUACGACGCCAACGUUCACCUGAGAGACUACAGUGGGAAGAAACCCUUUCAAUAUUUGAAAGAGGGCUCCUCUUUUGCAGUCAGACACCUCUUGCGGGACCCCCACCUUCACACGGUCUCUGGACACAACGCCUCCAUCAAGAAGAACCCCAAAGUGGCGGCUUCCAUUUUGAGUUCCACUAGUGCUGUCCUGGGGCUUUUGUCUGAUGACACUGCUUUCUACGAGCUAACCAAAGGCUUAAAGAAACCAGCUACGCUCAAUAAGUUCUUUAAUGCAGCCUCAACCCCAAGGAGGAAGCUGAAGUCCAGAGGGACUUUCUCGUCCUAUUCUUCCUUAUCUGAGGCAGUGGAAGAUGACCAAGAGGAAGCAACAACAAAACGCAGACCAGUUUCAGAGUUGUUUUUUGGUCACUAGGCUCUGUCUUGCUGAAAUCAAAAUAAUAUGAAUACUGAAGCAGUCAUGUGUUGCUUAUUCUUUUGCAGAAAUACUUCUGCUUUUGUGUUUUUAAAUAUGUUUCUCAUUAGAUGUCUAAUCCAGGGACUGAAUGCAUUCUCUAUAGGGUUGUAUACCAGUUGAAUUCAGUAUUCCUGAAUGUGAUCUUUGCCUCAUACAUUUCACUGAGAAUAGUUUUGCUCAGCAAAAAUUACCCUUACUAAAUCCAUGUGACAUUUCAUGCAGGGCUUGGUUUGUUUUCUUUUGUUUUAGUGAGUGAGUUUAAUGUGAGACCCUUAUUUUGUUAAGUGAUGAAAGGUCCAUUAAAACCUUAUGAAUUAAGUAACAGUGCAGUCCCAGACACGGAAGUAAUACGCAAGCCAAUGGGACGUAUUGGUGAGUUUGUAUAGGAUUAAGACUCUUGGGAGUAAGGAAGUCCCAUGGAAAACAAUUGACUUCCUUUUGAGGAAGCAUGAAUAGGAUUGAGUUGCAUGUCUGAAAAGGACAGGAAUAAAAGUGUAAAUUUCAGAUAGAUGCCACUGCAUAUAAAGCAGUACAUCUUGAAACAAACACUAUGUUCAGUUCACGGCAUGCACAUUUUUUAAAGAACAAAAUGUUUCCUUUAUAGCCUCUAAAAACUUCUGAUCUGGGAAUGAAAAUCAUUUCAGGGAGGUUCUUUGCAUCCCGUCCAUGCCUGUCAGCACAGAUUAAUGAGUUAAUUAAAGGUAGUGCUGCCUUCCUAAUGCUGUGCCAUAUUUAGUAUUAAAAACAUUGAGCGUGUUCUGUAAUAGUUUGCAUUGGAUGCAAUUCUUAUGAAAUCCACCUUACAGUUCAGUGAAUCUGUGAUCCCUAUGGUUAAAAAGGAAGGAACAGUUAUGCUGUAGUAAAGCUUUAUUUUGGCUUUUAAAGCAGAUGCCAAAAAUUCAAAAUGUCAUUUUUUAAAAUUACAGUUUUAAUUAUGUUUGAAAAGGGAUACAUAAUUUUAGUGGCAUGCUGGAGAGAAGGGCAGUUCAUUUUAUUUUAUACUUUGUAUUAAAAAUGCCUCCUAGUAAGAAUUUUACUGCAUGCAGAAAACAAAAUAUGCAAUGAAUUUGAAGAAUCGGCUCUAGCCAACUUAAAAAGAAAAGAGAAGAAAAAGCCCUAAGCAUCUCUACCUCAGUGCUGUAUUUAUAUUAUCAACUUAAACUGCAAUCCCAGCCCCACUUACCUGGGAGUAAGCACCAUUGACCUCAAUAGGACUCAAUUCUGAGUAGGCAUGGCUAAGAUUGCAGGUGGAGAUAUGUCUUGUUUUAUUCAGAGAAUAUAUAUAAUAGUUUUUGCAAACUAAUGAAAACCUGUGUGAUUCUAAAUGCCAUAACAGUUUGACAAAAUAUACAAACCUCUUGUCCUCUGAGUAUAACUAUUCAAAAAUGUAACAAAAGGAAAAAUCUAUUUAGGGUACAUAUUUUUAUAUGAGGAAUAGACUAAUGGAAAUAUAGCUCUUUAAGAUAGUUAUUUUUAUAUUGUAUAUUAUGUAAAUACUGACAUGUUUUGGUGUCUUUCUGGUGAUGAACUUUUAUGUAAACUAAGGCUGGGCAUGUUAGGUGCACCAUCAGCCAUCAUUAAACACUCAAAAGAAGUGUGCAUCUCAAUGACAUAACUAACUUAAAAUAUGUCAAGUGGUAAGGCUCUGUGGGUAGUUUUUUAAAAGACAUUGUGGCUUUGUGAAAAUUCAUUUUCAGUAUGAUACUCAUCUUGAUUGAAUAAUGCUCUGCAUGAACUAAAAGCCUUUUGUAAAUAAGGGUAGUUAUUGUCCCACCAUUUAAAAAAUUGUAUGGAUGAUAGUUCAGUAUAAAUUGAUUUUAAUACAAUUGA